ACUGUUGUAGGACGUUCAAAAGCCUGAGAGCGAGUGACGUAAGUUGAAUUGUCGGUGUUGACUGGCUGAGGCUAGCAGUUAGCGCGCAUACAGCAUACUGUAGAGCUGCUGCUAACAACUGAGCGCAUCUACGCUGACUAUAGCAGCUUUCGGAGUCUCGGCUCUCAGCUCGUUUUAUCUUUCUCGCUCGAAGCGCAUGUAGCACGUCUUCUCUCCCACUGCUUUUAUAUGUUGUAACUCUCGGAUUCGUUUGUUUUGUACGCUAUACAGCGCUUGAACUCCCUGUCUGAUAGCUGCUGUCUUAUAAACUCGUAUAAUAAGCAUAUAUAUACUGCGUCCACAUAUAAGUUGUUGUGAGUAUAUGCCUACUCACUUGUAUUGCCCUCCGCGCAAAAAAUUGUGCGAGAGAAGGCGAACAGGGGCCUGCUGCGACACUGGUCGUCUUUAAUACAUGCAGCAGUGCACAUAUAUUCUUGUUUGCUAUCGUCGUCGACUUUUUCACACGCUACACCAACUCUGCUGCACUCGGACUGCAGUGCAGACAGUAUUUUUUUCAACAUUGCAUGCAUUGCACGCAGCGGAGAGUUGCUCGGCAGAAGCUCUUUAUAUGCGUCGCAGCAGUGAAUUAUGUGGGUGAAGCCGGAAGAAGUUUUGCUAGCCAAUGCAUUUUGGAUAACUGAAGAAUCAACAAAGUUUUUUGUACGCCAGCGUCGAAAGGGUCAUGGAAAAUCCAAAGGUAUCUCAUCCAUUAUUGUUGGAACCCUCGACAGUGUAUUUGAUACAAAACCUCCUCCUUUUAGAAUAUUACAUCAAACUGCCAAUUCAGAAGUUUUUUGGGUUGUGGCAUGUUCCUUGACACAUUCUGAAAUAAUGAAGGAUUGGGAAUGGCUUCACAAAAAUUUGGUAAACACAUUGUUAUCUUUUGAUACAGAAGAAGAAGUCACAGAUUUUGUAUGCUGUAAAAUACAGUCUAUUAUAGCAAACAAUGCAUCAGAAUGUAAAUUAACAGAUGAUGAAGAUUCACAGUCUUUUAAAAGAGUUUCAUAUAAAUUCCGUCAACUUUUUCAUCUACCUCAAGAUGAUAAACUUGUAAAUUAUUAUUCAUGCAGUUAUUGGAAAACUCGAUUACCAAGGCAAGGCUGGCUAUAUUUAUCUGUGAAUCACAUGUGCUUCUAUUCUUAUAUUUUGUCUAAAGAAACAAAAUUAAUAAUAAGAUGGGCAGAUAUCAUUGAAUUAGAUAAAACUAAUUCACUUGUAUUUCCUGACAGUAUUCAUGUAGUAACUCGUGAUAGUAAAGAACACUAUUUUUCAAUGUUCCUUCACAAAUCAGAAACAUAUUCACUAAUGGAACAAUUAACCAAUUUUGCUAUGAAACGGUUAAUUGAUGAAAAAAGUGGUUUUAAUGAAGAUAGGGAUCUUCUGAACAAAUUGAGUAAAAAUGUGCCUAAAAAGCCGUCGUUCUUGAAACGAGAUCUAGAUGCUCGUGCACAGUCUGAAGCUUAUCGAAUGCAAUUCAGAUUACCAGGUAGCGAAAAAUUAGAUGGUUGUGUGGACGCAACUCUAUGGACACCAUAUGAUAAGCGUCACAAUUGGGGGAAAAUUUAUUUGUCGCACAAUUAUUUAUGCUUUGAAAGCAGAGUUAAACAUUUAGUAAACUUAGUAGUACCUCUGAGAGAAGUCAGACAAGUUGAAGCAGCUGAAAAUCAAGCUUCAAAUGCUUCAUUAGAAAAAUCUAUUUUAAUAACAACAGCCAGAGCAUCAUUCCUUUUUGCUCAGAUACAUGACAGGGACUUUGUGGUUCAAAAAAUUUCGGAAUUACUUGCCAAAACAAAAAUUUCCAUAGUCUCAGCAGAUGGAAUUUGUGAUAGAAGUAACAAGACGAAAUCCGUUGAGAGUUGGUCCCCUCAACCUCCACUCAUGAAAUUAUUUAAGGCACCACUUAGUUCUGAAGCCACUGUUAAACAAGAAGCCAAAGAAAAACAAUGGGAACUACAUUUUUCCGAAUAUGGAAGAGGGAUGACAAUUUACAGAACAGUGGAAACUGCCAAACUUGUAAUAGCUGGAAUACCUCAAAAUUUGAGAGGUGAAGUAUGGCUUACGUUUUCCGGAGCCCAAAACGAAAUGGCCAUGAAUCCAGGACUAUAUAAGUCGCUUGUUAAUCAAUCUCUUGGUAAAAGCUGUCAAGCAAAUGAUGAGAUCGAACGUGAUUUACACAGAUCUUUACCAGAACAUCCAGCAUUCCAAUCCGAUACAGGAAUUAAUGCUUUACGAAGGGUUUUGUCAGCUUAUGCCUACAGAAAUCCUCAAAUAGGGUAUUGUCAGGCAAUGAACAUAGUUGCAUCAGUGCUAUUGAUCUACUGUUCUGAAGAAUCAGCUUUUUGGCAGCUUUGCAAUGUUUGUGAAUCUUUGUUACCUGACUACUAUGAUCGACGAGUAGUCGGUGCUUUAGUAGAUCAAGGACUUCUUGAAGAACUAGCUGCCGAACACUUACCAGCUUUAUACAUAAAAUUACAAGAGCUCGGACUUAUUAGAGUCAUUUCGCUAUCCUGGUUUUUAACGAUAUUUUUAAGUGUUAUGCCAACAAGUAGCGCAGUUAAUAUCAUGGAUUGCUUUUUUUAUGACGGUGCCAAAGUAAUUUUUCAAGUAGCAUUGACUGUGCUCGAAUGGAACCAAGAAAAGUUAUUAAAAUGCAAUGAUGACGGUGAAGCUAUGCAAUUACUUACUGAUUAUCUUGGUGGUGUUUACAACGACGAAGGUCCAGUAUUGCCACGACCUGUUGACACGGUCCCUCCAAAUAGAAGUAUCUCAAUUCAAACGUUGAUUUAUGAAUCAUACUCCAGGUACGGUUCUCUAAAAGUGGAUGAAAUCGAACGAUUACGAUUAAAACAUAGACUAAGAGUAGUUCAGAGUUUGGAGGAGGGCAUUGAAAAAAACGUUAUUCGGAGUAUUGUUAACGAAAAAUGGAUGACCGCAGAAGAAUUAAGGGAGUUGGUAAACCUGGUCAGAGAAGAAUUGAUAACCCAUCGCCGAACAGAUGAAGAACGAUAUGACCCUACGCAACCACCAUAUGAAGUUUAUAAAAUCGAUUACGAUUUAUUUAGAAUUUUAUUCGGAGUCUUAUCGCCUUGGGGAAAGUGUUCACAAGCUGAGUCUUUAUCAGCAAGACUCUUUCGUUUAAUGGAUCGAAACCAUGAUAACCUUUUGAACUUUAAAGAAGUAGUUCAAGCGAUUGCAAUGACUGCAACUGUGGAUUCGUCACAACGUUUAAAGUUAUUGUACACUUUGCAUUUACCACCCCUUCUUACUCCCGUAGAUUUUGAAUCACCUACGCAAUCAGCGACGGAAGCAACCGACUUUUUCGACAGUAUUGAGAAAAGCAUAUCUACGUUGAAUGUAGACGUGACUUUUUCAGAUGAAGGACCAAGUGCUUUAACCCGAUCGAUUAGCAUAAAUAGUCAUCGAAUCGAAGAGUCUUGGGAACAACAAAGUAUGGGCAGUUUGAGAUCGAUGAUUGCGUCCAGGGAUAGUCCACUUGAUUUGAAAAUCGUGCCAAAAAUGUCACAGCUUCAUUUCAUAGCUUUAUGGAAAACUUUAUAUGAUAUGUUUCCAAAUCAACCAGAUGACCCCGAUACGUACAACUGUAUCGCGGAAAUCGGCACUUUAUUACUUCAACUAGGAGAUGUUGGCAAGAAAUUUUAUGUUGAAAGAGAAGAAUCUGUAGACAGUUUAGCAAGUUCUGCUUCAGUCAAACAAUCAGGUGUAAUGACACCUGAUCGAAAUGGAAAUCCGUCGAGUUCAUCAACAGCUGAUCCAAAUUGGUCAAUUACAGUUGAACAAUUUUUGGCUUCAGCUCUGAAUGGGCAACCUAUUGUUGAUUUUUUUAGCAAACGAGCAAACAUAAUCGAAUCAAUAGCUUUUUUGAAAAAACGUAGAUUUGAUCGAGCUCAUUCUAUCUCUGAUACUCAAGUUAUAAAUGUGUGAUACUCUAAAUGUAAUCAUGAAGAUAUUUUUUCAACGAAAAUUUGACGAGAAUUCAAAAAAUAUACACAUAAUCAUGCGGAUAUGUACAUUGUUAUACAAUGAUAUUUUUUGCGGGCAGAAUAUAGAAAUGAAGAUGCAAUCAAUUUUUUUGGAAAUCUAGAUUAAAGUACUUAGCUAUACAUUUGCAAUUAUGCGCAUUAAUGAUUGCACUCGAAAGUGAGUCUAGAGAUUAUAUCUCUGAAAUUGCUUCCAUUUUUAAUGUUAUUGGAGAGAUUAAAUCAUAAGUAUUUUUUUAAAUCAAAACUUUGAUAGAUGAAAAAAGUAGUCUUUAAAGUAUCAAAUCUAAUAUGCAAGAAAUUUAAAAUUAUUUAAUUACUUGUUAUGCAAUAAAUUUUACAAUUAUACAAAUUUAUAAUGAAAUUGACUAGUUUUUUAAGGUAAUAGAAAAUUGAAGUAUAAUUUUGAUAAAGUUCUUGAACUACCAGAAAUAUUAUGUUAUAUAUAUUUUCAAAUUAUUCCUUGUUAUACAAUUAUUUCAGAUUUUAUUCACAAUUACGAAUUGUAUUGUAGCCUUUAGUUAUUUUUUCAUAUUUAUAAUUUUUGUCUAUCACGAAAAAUAAUCUUUGAUAC